AUGUCGGUAACAGGCGCUCUCUCAGAUGUGGAUAUGGAAAGUUCUUCUGCUUUCUCACCAUCUGAACCUGCCAUAGAUGGCAGUUUUGUAUGUCGGCACAAUCAAAGUGCAGAGGUUUAUCAAACUUUCAAAGAAGACGUUGAUGCACUUCUUGCAGGAAAUGUUCCCCAAAUGAAUCAACCAGCAUUCAUGCAGAAAAUAAUGACAACUCUGGAAAAUCUGUUUGCUGUUUAUGAGGAAGAAAAACAACAUCUUAUGGGAAAUGUACUCUUAACGUGGGCAAUAAAACAGCAAAAGGCUAGCAUAGGUACACUAUGGACACAGCAAUUGCAUUACAAGCAGCUGGAUACCAUUCACCUACAAUUCGAAUACUUUGGAGAGUUACUACAGCAAACGUUAUCAGGACUUACUUAUUUGAAACAGUAUUUCAAUUCACCUCAAGUAGAAGAGGCAUACAACAAGUUCCGAAACAUGGCUCACUAUUUCUUAUAUUACUCUAUAAUAGUCAGCCGACAGCCACCAUCAGUGGUAGUAAAAUGUGGAGAAGCAGAAAAUCAUCGAAGGAGUCGGUUUUGGUUCAACACAGAAAUUAGAGUUUUGGGUGGUCAAGCAUUUGGAAUAGAAUCGCUAGGAGAGUCACAAGAAGUGCAAUGUUAUUUGAUAACAGAAGAAACGGCAAAGCAGCUGCUGAAUAAUGCUUAUCUCGAUAUAUUCGAAUCGGAAGAGUUCUGUAUCGAACCUCAGAAAACAACUUUCCUGAAAAAAGAUACAAGAGGCUUGAGAGCUAAAUUUGAUGAUAUGCGAGUCGCAAAAAAGGUACAGCUAAGAAGAGAUUCAGUUGCGACUAGGAGGUAUUGCUUGUGCUAUAGUAUUCGACUAAGGACUAGUUGUGGAAUGGAACUAGUUGGCAAAAAAGUUUCACUACCAUUUGCUGUAUUGGUAGGGCCGAAAUCUGAUGUUGAAGCUCGUCUAUUCUUGGAAAGAUCAUUCGCUGAUUUGGUUCGACACCCGCUCUCCGAUAUUCCAAGUGUUGUGUCCUGUGCGGAGAUGGCUGAUGCUUUAGAAAUGAAAUUUCAAGCAAUAGUGGAAACACCUCAAAAAAAUUCUGACGGACCAGCUGUAGUACAACCACGGAUGUUUGCUAUGCAGACAAAACAACACUUAAUUAACAGGCUGAAACCAAACAAUCAAGGUUUCAUUGUUCUGGACAAUUUCAUGAAGUUAUCAGUAGCUGAAGAUUACCAAUUAAAAAAAGCAUCAUCCACUGAUGGUGAAUGGAAGCUCGUUCCAUUUUUUGAUUGGUUCUUCAAGCUUGCGGAAAUAACGAACAAGUAUCUAUAUAGUAUGUGGUAUGAUGGAUUGAUUUACGGAUUUUGUAGUAAAGAAGACGCUGAAAGCUUACUACGUAACAUUCCUCGAUCUGUUUUGCUCAUCCGCUAUUCUGACAUAGAGUUCGCAAAAGUUAAAAUUUCUGUCAAGGACCAAGCUGGAAACAUACGCCAUCAUUGGUAUGAACAUUCGGACCUAAAUGCGCGAAGCUUGUCUAAAGAGCUAUUAGACAAUCAGAAGUUCACUCAUGUUGACUUGAUUUAUCCCGAUAUUGAUCUUGAAGUUGCCUUGGGUGGACGAGAAAAGCCACGAGUUCGCGUGCCAAGAAACUUACAGCCUGAUGAAAUAUAUUUUGACAAUCAAGGAGCAGCGACAUCUACGUUCUAA